AUGCAGGCAUUUCAAUAUCACUCGCUGUCGGCUCGUCUCUCCGUACUGGAAGAUUUGUUCGGGAGUACACAAACAGAAUCGAGGCCAAUACAACUUGGCCAAAAAGUGGUUCAAACACCGAACCGUUGCGGGCUUAACCCAAUCGGCCACUUUGAUGACCGAUCACAGCUUCAUGCGUCGUCAAGCCUCUUCCUUUGA